UCAUACCAACAACUUGUUAUUGUUGAGUAACUAUGACCCAACGACAACAAAGUUUACCCAAUUGACUUUGGUUAUGGGGUCAGCUAUUCAAAAGAUAACACGAAUAGAACAUACUGAAGAGGAGCAACAACUACUUUUCAACAGAAGAAGAAUCAGACAAGCUAGUCACUUGGAAGAAAUAUUGGAGUGCUCUGUUGAAGGUGUAGUGAACACUGUGGAUCAACCAGUUGUUGUGAAUACAGAAGAACGUCUCCAUAAGCUUUUGCAAUUAUUGGAUAAGUGGAAAGCAGAUUGGAGUCCUACGACUGGUGUUGUUCAAGUUAUGGAAGGACUUGUCAGAAUAGAACCCCCGUAUACCAAAGAAAGUUGCUUUUCUACCCAACAAAAUGUACUUUUACAGAUCUAUCCUUUACUAGACAACUUAUCGUAGUUGUUGGAUGCCAAACCCAUUUUUU